GGUCACAACUCACAAAGAAAACAUUAUUAACAAACGGCGGGAGUGAGAAGAAUUUGUGAUGGGUAGCGGCGAGUUGGCAGUAGCUGAGAGCGGUGGUGCAUCUCUUCCUUCAGUCGGCGCUGAUGCAAUGAAGCGUCGCGUAACCUACUUCUACGAACCAAGCAUCGGUGAUUAUUACUACGGUCAAGGUCACCCAAUGAAACCCCAUCGUAUCCGCAUGGCACACAAUCUCAUCGUCCACUACUCUCUCCACCGUCGUAUGCAAAUCAACCUUCCUUUCGCCGCUGCGCCGGAAGAUAUCUGUCGUUUUCACUCUGAUGAUUACGUCGAGUUUCUCUCUUCAGUUUCGCCGGAGAUCGUUAAGGAUAAUUCGCAUCCUCAUAAUCGGCUGUUGAAGAGGUUUAAUGUUGGUGAUGAUUGUCCAGUUUUCGAUGGACUUUUUCCGUUCUGUCAAGCUUCUGCUGGUGGAUCUAUUGGUUGUGCUGCUAGGCUCAACCGUGGUGAUGCUGAUAUUGCUAUUAAUUGGGCUGGUGGAUUGCAUCAUGCUAAGAAAGCUGAAGCUUCUGGAUUUUGCUAUGUUAAUGACAUUGUUCUUGGGAUUCUCGAGCUUCUCAAAGCUCAUAGGGUAUUAUUUUUUAUUUUUUCUGUUUAUACCUUGUUAAAUGUUUUUUUUUUUGUUUUUUUUGUGAUUGUGUUAUUUAUUUAAGUAUGAAAAUUAUGCUUGUGUGUGUUUUACUCAUUCAUGGUCUGUGUUUGUGACCUAGAUUUGCACUUAAAGACAUAUGACACAGCGUGAGUCGUGUGACUAUAUAAUUGUGAGUGGGUUAGUCCCUUUGAUUGUGAAUAUAUCAAAAUAUUUGAUAUAUAAGAGAUGUGGUUUAUAUCUAGGGUUUGUUUGAAUUGAUUUAAUCUAAAUUUUUUAUGUCUGUAAAUUUUGUGGACUGUUUGAGAGAAGUUAUGAAAUUAGGUUAUGGUGUUAUUGGUUUUUA